AAACGAUGUCAGAUAUAUGUCAUAAUCAGCUGUUAGUAGAUAUGUAAUUGUGGCAUUUCUACAAUUUUACUUGAUGAAAGAGCUUUUGGAAUAAUGAUAUUGUUUGUUCUGUUGUGAGAAGUCAGGUUUACUAAUUAGUUCUUUUAGAAAGUUCUAAGUAAUAUGGAAUUUACAGCUGAUAAAAAAUUGUAUAUAUAUGAAUUACCCUACCUGGAGUUGAAAGCCUGCUGUAAUAUUUUGGACGAAAAAAAAAUUUGGAAAGAAUUGAGUAUUCAUAUGGGUUAUGAUAGGAUCACAAUUCAGGAAGUCGAAAGAGAAAUAUUCCUUGGUAAAUCACCAUCAGAAAAACUCCUGUCUUUGUGGGGUGACCUGAAUCAUACAGUUUUGGAGCUCUUCAUAUUAAUUCUUCGCAUGAAAAAUUAUGAAGUUAUAAAUAUUUUGAAGAAAUUCAUCAAUCCAAAUGUACUAAUGAAGUUGCAAUUGAAGGAUUAUCAAAGAUAUGAGAAAAAAGAUAAUACAAACAAAAGUGAAAAAAUAUUGAAUAUCCCAAAAACCCCUGAUAAUUUCAUAAGUAAUGAAAACAAUGAGAGCAGUAUAGAAGUGAAAAUAAAAUCCAAAGUACAUCAUUUAGUACCUCAAGGCGAAUUGACAACAGAUUCUGUAAAAUCUUGGGUGGAUGUGAAAUUACCCAUACCGACAAUACCUUAUGAUGAUUUAAAACAGGCUACUAAUAAUUGGGAUGAACAUACAUUUUUAGGGAAAGGAGGCUUUGGUACUGUCUUCAGAGGUACUUGGAAAUGUACGGAGGUUGCUAUCAAACGAAUAGAGAGAAAGGAAGAAAAUACUAACACUUAUAUUGAGCAGAUGAAGCAAUCCAUGACAGAACUCUACUGUUUGAAUGCUUAUAGACAUGAUAACAUACUUCCGUUGUAUGGAUUCAGUAUGGGCGGUCCACAGCCAUGCCUAGUCUAUCAAUACAUGCGAGGAGGAAGCUUGGAAGGAAGACUAAAAAAUUCAAAAUUGAGUCUAAAAUGGUCUACAAGACUCAGUAUAGUUACAGGAACUGCUAGAGGCCUACAAUUCCUGCACACAAUAGGGGAAAAGCCACUUGUACAUGGCGAUAUCAAACCUGCUAAUAUAUUAUUAGACGAAAAUGAUUUUCCUCGUAUUGGUGACUUUGGCUUAGCUCGUGAAGGACGUCAUGAGGAAUACAUACACCUGAGCAAAGUCCAUGGUACAAGACCAUAUUUACCGGAUGAAUUUAUCAGGGAAAAAAAGUUUUCGAUCAAAGUUGAUACUUUCAGUUUUGGAAUUGUACUCUUUGAAAUUGCCACAGGUCUCAGUGCUUACUCUAAUAAAAGAUCGCCGCAAUUACUUAGAGAUUUGGUUCUUGACUAUAAGGAUGAUAUUUUGAAACUAAAGGACAAUAAGGAAGAUGGUGGCAUCAAUCUUUUUAGAGAACUUAUAAGUAUUGGGAAGAUCUGUGUUAGUAAAAGAGCUAAAGACAGACCUAAAAUGGUUGAAGUGCUCAAGAAACUUGAGGACUGUAUCAAGCUCGAAGAGCAGACUUAGCAUUUUGGCGAUGUGUUCUCAAGCCAAUUACAGUAACUUUAUUCCCACAGAGGCGACAAGGGGUAAUAUAUCUAUCAAAAAACAGCCAUUUUUUGUCAAUCAUUUUUGGGGGGGUUUUUGAAUUGAAUAUCGGUAUCCUGCGGCUAUAUUUCAUGUUUUGGUCUCUAUUCUUUUAAGACGUGAUAUUCAGCCCUAUUCUGUAAAAUCAAAUUGAAUAGAGAUGGUAUGGGUCGAAUAGAAAUAGACUGGAAUCGUUUCGAAUUGGUAUUCUGUAACUCAAGUAGAAUUACUAUAGAUAUCAAUUACGAAUUACAUUUAGGGAUAGAAGAAGAAUUGAAUACAGAAUGCCAAAUUUGGAUGUGAUAGAAUUGAAACAUAUCUUAGAUUAAGAUCCGAAUCAUUCGUUUCUAUUUGAGUUACAGAAUAGAGCCCAAUAUGUAGUCUAUGAAUUCGAUUCAGUAGAUGUUGAUUCAAAUUAAAUGUGGCAUGAUAUCAAUUAUUCGGAGGGUAGAUGAAAAUAUUGGUAGGAAGCAUUCAAAAUAGAAGAAAUUAAUUGAAAAUUUUCGAAUUUAGUUCCCAUUUGCUCAACGAAAUACAAUAUCGGUAUAAUUGAAAUUAAAUAAAAUAAAACAGGUAUUAAAUUUUUAAUUUUCUCGAAAGAUAUUAUUCUGUUGAAAAGGAAUGAUGACGUAUAAUUUUGAAAAAUUACUGUUUUUGAAAUUGAAUUGAAACUAGUUAACAAUAUGUUCAAAUCCAGAGAAGUUUUAGCUCAUCAUAUUGGAAUUGUUAUAUCUGUAGGAGUUUAUCAUUGAUAUUUAAAUGUAAGAAUGGCGCAUUCAACAAAAAAUAGAAAAAAAUAAACUAUUAGUGUUUGGCAUUUUAAUAACAAUUUUUUGUUUGUUUCAAGGCCAAUAAAAUACUUAUAGAAAUUUUUUUUUAUUAAUCCCUUGUGUAAUACAAAAUCUAUACAUAAAGUCAAAUUUUAAAAUUUUUACAAUGUAAAUAUAAUUUUUUUUUAAUUUCACAAGGCUGCUUGUUACAAAGGCCUACAUCUGAUUGAAAGAUUACUUAAUCCGACCCUGAUCUUUCUCCCAUUCUACUGGUCACAUUUUUUUCUGGCACUAUAACUGCUCAUAACGUGUCCUCUCUAUUCUAUCUCGAUGUCCAUAGGUUACUUUGUAGCUACAUUAGCGCCUCAUAUUUAUCCUUUUCCGCUGUAUAGUUUCUCAACACUUCUACCAUAAGAGAUUAUUCCUCCUUAUCUCUACCCUCCAUAAUUCAUAGAAUAUGUAUCUAUGCUCAAAAUAACAGUUAUUUUCAAUGCCCGACAAAAAAUGGCCGAUUUGUACUACGUGACCGUGAUUAACCAAUAGAAAAUCGAUCCGUCUAUGUCGCCAUUAUGGGAAUUUAGUCACUGUUAAGCCAAUUUUGAAGGUGCGCCCUCUCUCUGAGCAUUGCGGCGUUUCAUUCCGAGUCCGAGAGCACUGGUGGAAUCAUCAUUUAGGCAACCCGGUACGUAAUACACCUUCCCUCUCCAUCGUGGAGGGGUGACUCUGCCUUAGUGCGGUGGGUUUUAUAUACCCGCAUAUAGGCCCUUAACCUCAGAAUUGUCAAAUGAUCGUGUCAAAAUCAAGACGUCGGACGUAAACAUUCCUGAGUUUGGAAGCAUUUUUCUUGCGAAAUAGAAAUAAAAGCUGCGAAAUCGAUUUAUUUGAAGACUUCAGGGAACUAUUAUGUGAAUACUUUGGAUCAGUCAACAUAUUUUCAAAGGAUGACCAAAACAACGAUUCUCAUCUUUCUGGAAGAAAUUGAACAGAUUUUGGAGUAUCCAUACAAUUAGUUAGUCGAAGAAGAGUAGCGAUAUACCGGUUUCACCCUUGUUGGGUAUCAUCAGUACCGCAUAACUCAACCCAAGAUGACGAACAAAGGAAAUAGUAGGCACCUUCUUGAACGCUGGCAGAUGCAAAGCAGUAUGAUUACUGCGAUUUAUUUAUUACAAAAGGAAAUUAUGGAGAAAAAACAGUUUUAUGCAAUGGCUGUUUCCCUCUUGUAUCAGGACUCAUCCAUUGCACUCAUAUCAAGAUUGAAACACCAGGGGGAAUGAUGCAAGAGUGUUUAGCAACAGAAAAUGAUCAUUUUCUAUGAACGUGCAAGUUGUUUGAAAAGCUAAUGUGGAAGCCAUAAAUGUUCGUGCAGUUCUCGUCAUGAUUCAACUUUAUUUCAAAAUAUUAGAAUGAGGGAUGAAUUAGAAGAUAGUUAGUAUCCUAGUUUUUUGUUACUAGGUUUGUUUCUCAUAAUAUGAUAGUGGAUAUCCUAUUAAAAAUUAUCUUUUAACCCACUUGGACCAACCUUCAUCAUCAUCAGAACAUUUAUACAAUAAAUCACUUACUAAAACAAGAAAUUCUAUUGAACAUUUUAUUGGAGUAUGGAAAAGAAGAUUUCCAGUCCUAGUUUAUGUAGAAACUACAAUGAAUAUGAUAGUUGCCAAUGUUAUGUUGAACAAUAUAAGCAGAGAAGUGAAUGAACCUCCAUCACCUGAAAAUAUUUUAUAAAUAUCAGAAGAAAACCUAUAAAAAAAAGUAAUGAAUAUAAACACUUAUAAUAAUCAUGGAUCAUUGGAUUCAGGAUUCAGACUGUGUUCACAUUUUGUAAGUCAAUACUUCGAGACUUUGAUAAAUUAAAAAUUUUCUUCCCCAUAUUGAAAUUAAUAUGUGAGAAUUUAUGAAUAGUUUUUUCUUGAAUUAAUUAUUUUGUAAAAAUGUUUUUUAUGGUAUAAAAUAAAUAACUUACAUGAG